AAUCCACCCAGUUUGGUGGGAAGCAUGGAGAAGGUGCUAGGAGCAGAGAGUGAGGAGCAGCUGGCAGCUGAUUGGAGCCAGCUGAGCUCCUGGGAGGGAGGCAGCGAGGGGCUGUCACGUUCCCACGAUCCCUAUGCCAACUCAUCCAUUGCUGCUGAUGCACAGUCGACCCUUCCCACGGGUCACAGGGAAACCAAGGUGAUGAAGAGGAAGGUGCUGAGGCACAGACCCGAUGGAAGGGUGGAGGUCUCCGAUGAGUCACCGAACGCCAAGCCACCAUUCCUGGGGCAUUCCAGGACUAAUCUGGAUGACAUCGACUCCAGAGAGAAAUUAGAGACCAGGCGUGGCACCAUGGAGGACUACCUGCACUUUGAUGAUAAUGAUGAUGACUGGUUCGUUGAGGACAGCCCCCGCUCUCUCCUUGGGGAUUUUGGGAGCGACUCCAUUCCAGAGCGACCGCCCUUGUCCUACAUUAUUUCACAGGCUGAACGAGUGAGGAGAACUGACCCAGUGACUGUAUUGAACAAAUAUAGACAAGCCUGGCAAAAAUUCCGCUUUCCUGGGGAGGAUGCACGUCAGAGCUUGCGCUGGGCCGUGCGGCAGCAGAUGCUCCAGCUGGGGCUGCCGCCGCGGGCGCAGAAGCGCCUCGUCCCCAAUAACUACGAGGUGCCCACGAUGAAGAAGCGUGACGCCCUGCGCUUUGCUGUGCGCUGGGACCUGGCCAACCACCGCGUGCCCCAGCAGAGCACCUCCUCCUAGAGCCCCAGCCCCGCUGCUUUCUCCUUCUCAACAUCCUCCCAUAGUCUGGGAAAUCCCGCUGGUGCGCUUCAAGCAGGUUAAGCUUUGGUGUGGAGGAGGUUUUCUUUGCAAUGUCUCGGCAAUAUCUUUUUUCCUCAAUAAAGCAUCUGCAAAGAUUC